CCUUGUCCGAAAUUCGACGAAAGUAUAAAUAAGCACCGGAAAGCAACACACCAAACCGUUCUAGAGUUUCUUUACGCUUCCCAUUGCUUCGGUGUCUCUGCAACAAAUUGGGAGCUGGGAGACGGCCAUGGAUAACGAAGUUGUUCAACGAGCAUUCCAGGAGGGUGGCCGUGAUUACUUCCAAGUGCAACAGCCACCUGCAUCCACUUCGUCUUUUUCUUCAUCCAUCCUCCAAUCCCUUCCCCUCCAUGUGUCCUUUGAUCACGGGUAUUAUUUGUUAGUGAAAGCUAUUCAAGAACUCCGGGAGAAAAAGGAGGGUCUUGUGACUGUUGGAAUUGGUGGACCUAGUGGCUCUGGUAAAUCAAGCUUAUCAGAGAAGGUUGCAUCAGUAAUUGGUUGUAGCGUCAUAUCAAUGGAGAAUUAUCGUGAUGGAGUUGAUGAUGGGAAUGAUCUAGAUUCAAUAGAUUUCAAUACUUUAGUUCGGAAUCUUGAGGACUUGAUGAAGGGAAAAGAUACAUUGACACCAUUGUUUGAUUUCCAAAAAAAGAGGCGCAUUGGUUCAAGAACAGUAAAGAGUUCUACGUCUGGGGUGGUAAUUGUUGACGGAACUUAUGCUCUCCACUCAAAAUUACGAUCUUUGCUGGAUAUUCGAGUUGCAGUGGUUGGUGGUGUAUACUUUAGCCUUCUUUCAAAAGUGCGAUAUGACAUUGGGGAUUCUUGCUCCUUGGAUUACCUCAUCGACAGCAUUUUUCCAUUAUUUAGAAAGCACAUUGAACCAGACCUACAUCAUGCUCAGAUUAGAAUCAACAACAGCUUUGUCUCAUCUUUUAGAGAACCUAUCUACAAGCUGAAGUGCAAAAGUGAGCCUCCAAAUGGACAUUCGACUUACCUUUCUCAUGGAAAUGAAGUUCAACCAGAGAAUUUCAUCGAGAUGUACCUUAGGCCACCAUCUGCAAGUGAAGAAGCAAGGAUUAAUGACUGGAUAAAGGUGCGGCAGUCUGGCAUCAGAUACUAUUUAUCACUAGGCGAUCAGCGGAUUGUUGACAAGAAUUACAUUAUUAGACCAAAAGCUGAGUUCGAGGUUGGGCGGAUGACUUUGGGUGGUCUGCUGGCUUUGGGUUACACUGUUGUAGUUAGUUACAAACGUGCAUCCACUUCAGUUAGUACUGGCAAUUUGUCAGUGUCACUUGAAACCAUUGAUACACUUGGCGAGACAUUCAUGGUGUUGAGGGGCACUGAUAGGAAAAUAGUGAGUGCAGAAGCUUCUAAAAUGGGUAUCACUGGGCCAUGGAUCACUAAAUCAUAUCUAGAAUUGAUUUUGGAAACCCAAGCUGUACCACGUCUCAACACACCACCACCUUUGUCGAUUAAACCUUCAAUUGAGCGUCAGGAAAGAGCAAUUGAUGCUCCAAAGCCAAUUCGUGUUACUCCAAACUUUGAUAACAGGCUUGAGGAUCUCUCUCUGCCAUGGACUCGAUCCCCGACAAAGGCCAACAUGGAGCCUGUACUGGCAACAUGGCGGUUCAUUUCCUCAGAUCCUUCACAUACUGGCACUUCAGUCAUAGCAACUGCAGAUUCUUCUGCUUUCAGGGAUACCAUGCAGCUUGCUCCAAUGCCUGAUUCAUAUGACUUGGAUAGAGGCUUGCUUCUUUCUGUUCAAGCAAUCCAGGCGUUGAUGGAGAAUAAGGGCCUUCCAAUCAUUGUAGGCAUUGGAGGUCCAAGUGGAUCUGGGAAAACUAGCUUGGCUCAUAAAAUGGCAAAUAUUGUUGGUUGUGAAGUUAUUUCACUUGAAAGCUAUUACAAAUCUGAACAAGUAAAGGACUUUAAAUAUGAUGACUUCAACUCUUUGGAUUUGUCUUUGCUUUCAAAGAACAUUGAUGACAUAAGGAACCGCCGAAGAACAAAAGUUCCCAUAUUUGACUUGGAGGCAUGUAUUCGGAGUGGUUUCAAGGAACUUCAAGUUUCUGAAGAUUGUGGAGUGGUUAUCAUUGAAGGGGUAUAUGCUCUGCAUCCUGAUAUCCGGAAAUCACUUGACCUGUGGAUAGCUGUUGUUGGAGGUGUGCAUUCACAUCUUAUUGCUAGAGUUCAAAGGGACAAAAACAGGGUUGGGCGUUUUAUGUCCCAGAAUGAGAUUAUGACAACAGUAUUUCCAAUGUUCCAGCUACACAUUGAACCCCAUCUUGUUCAUGCACAUGUUAAAAUCCGAAAUGACUUUGAUCCUGUUCUUUCACCUGAGAGCUCACUGUUUGUUCUGAAAAGUAAUAAGCAGGUGGCAUAUCAGGAGAUAUUAAAAGUACUUGACCCUGCAAAAUUCUACAGUUCUGUUCAAAAUUUUAUUGAUAUAUAUUUAAGGCUUCCUGGAAUACCUUCUAAUGGACAGCUUGCUGAAUCUGAGUGCAUACGAGUUAGGCUAUGUGAAGGAAGGUUUGCGUUACUUAUACGGGAGCCAAUUAGGGAAGGGAACUUCAUCAUACAGCCAAAAGUGGAUUUUGAUAUUAGCAUCAGCACAGUUGCUGGCCUUCUGAACCUUGGGUAUCAAGCUGUAGCCUACAUUGAAGCAUCUGCAUUCAUUUACCAAGAUGGCAAGAUUUUAAUUGAGGUUGAUCAUCUUCAAGAUGUCCCAAGUCCUUACGUACAAAUUAAAGGAACAAAUAAAGAAGUAGUGGCAGCUGCUGGUUCAGCACUCAGCCUGGACGGUUCAUAUACGACAAAAAGUUAUCUGCAAAUUAUUCUAGAAAGUUUACCACCUCUUGAGAGAAGCUCAGUAGGAAUUCAUAGUCAACAGGCAACAAGAUUGCAGGAACUAGUGGAUUUUAUUCAAUCUCAGGGCAAUAGUACAGCUUCAGAAUCCUCAGCAAUCAGGGAUAUUUCACCCAUGGAAGGCCUAAUUGAAGAUAUGCAGUCACGUAUCAAAAGGCUUGAAAGAUGGCAUACAAUCAAUACGGUCUUAUGGACAUUUUUAAUGUCUGCUCUUGUUGGGUACUCUCUUUACCAGAAGAAGCGCGAAUAAUUUCAUUUGAAUAAUUUCUUGUAACAUGUCAAAAGGUAGUUGUAGUCCCUCCCAACUAACCACAAAAUAUCAAGCCCCACAGUAAGGUACAGCAAAAGCACAUUGUAUCAGCUAUUAAUUUAAAUGUCAAUUGAGUUAUUGUUCAUUGUUAGCAACACCUGUUGCUUA